CUUACAUUCCUUAUAAAUUGAUCAAUUUUAUGAGUCGAAGCACAUUUACUAUGAUACGCUAUAUUUUCUAGAAACUGUGAACAUUUAUGACAAUACGCAUUUUUAAAAUUCAUAACAAAUAUGUUAGAAACAUAUCAGAUAAAAACAUAAACAUUCUUUCACUAUUUACAUACCUUUAUUGUACACAUAGGAAAAGUAAAAUUUUGCAAAUUUAGAUAGUUUCUUCUUACAUUCAUUAUAAAUUAAUAAAUUUUGUGAGUUUAUAUACAUUUACUUCAUUACACUACACUUGUUAGAAACUUGAAAUGUUUAUGAAGCUACACAUCUUUAUAAUGAAUUUUAAAUGUGUUAGAAACAUACGAGAUCAAAGUUAAAAAUUUUUUUAACAUUCGCGUAUCUUUAUUGUACAAACGUAAAAUGUAUGAUUUUGCACUUCUAGUGUUUUAAUACUACAACUACUGUAACUUUUGUUGCAGAUUAUAUAUCAUCAAACAAAAGUAAUUCGAAGUUCGACGCAGGUAAAGCAGAGCAACUCCGAAGUUCGACAUGGGUAAUGCAGAGCUACUACGAUGUUCGAUGUGGGUAAUGCAGGCUACUCCGAUGAUCAACGACAGCAGAGCCACUACGUAGUUCUGUAUCAAGACAACGGUUGGUGAGUCGCAUAAUUUUCUGUUCCUCUGGUUUCUCUGGGAUAUUUAUAAAACUUGAUAUCGAUUAAUUAUUAGUGUACAAAGCAACAAUUAGAUAUUGAAUUAUGAUAAUUAUGAGGUAAAAUUGUAUGAAUAUGCAAAAAAGAGUAAAAAAAGUAAAAAAUGUAAAUAUAUCUGAGAAUUAAUUUCGGUUGUCGCCGAAGAUACGUGACAUCUAUCAUACAGCAAAAUUAGAUUUACCAGUAUUAGAAUAUUAAAUUCCAUCAUUUAUGCUUUCAUAGAAAACAAUGUCAGUAACUGUCACUAAAUAAUGUCUCUAGCUCUCAGUAAAUUACGAAAAAAAGCUCCCACAAAAAGACUCGAUAAAUCUAGACAAAAAAUUAACCGAUUUGAUGGCUUGACCGAAGAAGAAAUACAAAAGUAUACCUUGCCGGAUUACCUUGAAAAUGAUUUGGAUAUUGUGUUUGUUGGCAUAAACCCCAGCUUGAUGGCAGCAUAUCGGGGAAGGUAUUAUGCAGGCCCAGGGAACCAUUUUUACAAACUUUUGCAUGAAUCGGGUUUAACACCUUAUUAUUUAAGUUACGAUGAAGAUUACAAGCUUCUCCGAUAUGGUAUAGGCUUAACAAACAUAGUUUCGCGACCUACGAAGUCCUCUGCUGAUCUGAAGCACACUGAAAUCAAAGAGGGUUGCAAGAUUGUAGAGGAGAAACUAAAAAUCUAUAAACCCAAGAUUGCUGUUUUCAAUGGCAAAUGUAUCUACGAAGUUUUCGCUAGUAAAACGGUUAAUUUCAAUUUUGGACUGCAACCAGAGUCUAUCGAGAACAUUGCAUUUUGGGUCACUCCGUCGAGUAGUGCUCGCUGUGCAAACUUUCCUAGAAUGACAGACAAGUUGCACUUCUAUACUGCCUUGAAAAAAUAUUUGCGAUUUCUAAAAGGAGAAAUUAAGGAAGUCGAUACUAAAGAAUUUCUGUUUGAAGGAAAAUGCAAACAGUUCAUUCCUCGAACUUCGAAGAUGUGGAGACGAAAAGAUGUGUCUGUAUUCUUGCACGGAGGAAAAAUUGCUAACAAGCGCACUGUAUGUCUGGACACAUCCGAUGAAAGCAUAGCGAUAACUUAUAGUACGGAAUUUAUUGUAGAGCAAAAAGAGGGUAACAAACAAAAUGAAGUGAAAAAUGAGAGCGAUAGACAGAAAACUGAAUCAUUACCAAAUUCAAAACUGUAUGAUUCACGAACAAGCAUAAAAGUGUGUCUUGAAAAUAAUCUAUCUAGAGAAAAAGAAGAUUCUUUACAAAAAGAACAUUCAGAGCUUGUAAAUGGUACAAAGAAUGAUACUGAUUCAUUUGAAAAUAGUAAUUUAGAAAAAAUUGUAGAAUCCAAAGCAGCAAUGGCUAAAAAAACUAUAACCAAUAAUAGAAAAAAGAAAAAUAUUAAAAGAAUUUCACAGAAACCAAUCAGAAUCAAGCAUAAUGUAGAAGAUAAUCCUGAUUCAGUCUUUGUUAGUUUAAUUAAACGGAGACUGGAGACAAAAGCGAAAAAUAAUUCCAAAGAUAAACAGGAAGACUGAUCUGAAGUCAUUGUUAGAAUAGUUCGAUUCAGAAAACAAUUAGGAUUUAGAUUUAAGUAAACGAUUCUUAAGAAAAUUUGGUAUUAUUUUAAUAUAAUUAUCUUUUUUUUUACAUGAAUGUGAAGAUGCAUAAUAAAGUAUUUUUAUAGUAUA